ACAGCACAACGUGUUAGCUUCUCAGCUUAAAAAGACAAAAAUGCGACAAACCAUUUUAAUCUUUGUUUUCACCUGCCUUGGAGUAGCUGUACUAGCUCAAGAACGUCUGGCCAUGUGUCGAAGGAUGGCUUUGAGAUGCCAAAACCGCCAGACAAGGAAUGGAAGAUCCAACGAUGUCACCAGAGUCUUCAACCAACAAUGUCGUAGUCGCAUCAGAAACUGGCGAGACAUCUCCAGAUGCGAACUGGGUCGAGCAACUUGCCAGUGUGAUGACCCUUAUGAGUUGCUUUGCCUUGUCCUGUGAGCGUGUAAGAAGGGUCCUGGAGCCGGCACGCCCUACCACACCCUGCCCAUGCACCACACGCCGUCCGCCACGGCCGCCACCACCGCCGAGAACGACACCUCGACCACGAACCACUCCCAGACCUCCUGCUCCACCAGCCACUCGAAAUCCUCCUCCACCUCCACGACCUCCUCCCACGACCACAACUCGACGGCCACCAAGCCCCACUCGAGCUCCCGUAACUCCCAGGCCCAGACCCCCUGGCCCAGGACACAAGAAGCCCUUUAGAAAGCGGCCUUAA